AUGGAUCAUUCCCGAGAUCCCUGCCCCUGGGUUGCCCUAUCCGACUUUGGCGGAGCAUUCUGUAUGGGUGCUUUAGGAGGAACAUUAUGGCACGGGAUCAAGGGCUUUCGGAACUCACCAUACGGCGAACGACGGAUCGGCAUGAUCACCGCCAUCAAGGCUCGAGCACCGGUCACAGGAGGUAACUUUGGAGUAUGGGGUGGUAUGUUCAGCACGUUCGACUGCGCAGUCAAGGGCAUCCGCAAGAAGGAGGAUCCAUACAACUCCAUCAUCGCCGGAUUCCUGACGGGAGGUUCGCUGGCGAUAAGAGGAGGUUACAAGGCGGCCCGAAACGGCGCCAUUAUGUGUGCCAUUUUCCUCGCUGUUAUUGAAGGUGUUGGUAUUGGUAUCCAGCGAUUAAUGGCAGAGAACACAAGACUUGAUCUUCCUCCACCCGCACCGCCUUCAGAAUCCGGACGCAUGGCGGCAUGA